UUCCGGGUUUGGUGCGGCCUUUGUCUCUCGCUGCAGUCAGAGCUGCAGGUCUGGUUCUUACUGCUCCUAAAGGCCCGGGCUCUGUGGCCCCGUGUCCUGCAGGUAUUGGGAGAUCCACAGCUAAGACACCGGCACCUCCUGGAAGCCAAAAAUGCACUUCGGAGGCCGAGCCGGGUGGAUCACGUGGUAGGGAGUUCUAGACCAGCCUGGCCAACGUGGCGAAACCCGUCUCUACUAAAAAUACGAAAACUAUCGGCGUGUUGGCACGUGCCUGUAGUACCAGCCACUUGGGAGGCUGAGGCACGAGAAUUGCUUGAACCCGGGAGGCGGAAGUUGCAGUGAGCUGAGAUCCAAUCAUCGCGCUCCAGCCUGCGUGACAAAGCGAGACUCCGGCUCAAAAAAAAGAAAAAAAAAGGACCAUUGCAAUUUAGAGAUGUGGCCAUAGAAUUCUCUCUGGAGGAGUGGCAUUGCCUGGACACUGCACAGCGGAAUUUAUAUAGGGAUGUGAUGUUAGAGAACUACAGAAACCUGAUCUUCCUUGGUAUUACUGUUUCUAAGCCAGACCUGAUCACCUGUCUGGAGCAAGGAAAAAAACCUUUGACUAUGAAGAGAAAUGAGAUGAUGGCCAAACCCUCAGUAAUGUGUUCUCAUUUUGCCCAAGACCUUUGGCCAGAGCAGAGCAUAAAAGAUUCUUUCCAAAAAGUGGUACUGAGAAGAUAUGAAAAAUGUGAACAUGGCAAUUUACAGUUAAAAAAAGGAUGUAUAAGUGUGGAUGAGUGUAAGGUGCACAAAGAAGGUUAUAAUGAACUUAACCAAUGUUUGACAACUACCCCAAGAAAAAUAUGUCAAUGUGAUAAUUAUGUGAAAGUCCUUCAUCAAUUUUCAAAUUCAAACGGACAAAAGAGAGGACAUACUGGGAAAAAACCUUUCAAAUAUAUAGAAUGUGGCAAAGCUUUUAAGCAGUUCUCAACUCUUACUACACAUAAGAAAAUUCAUACUGGAGGGAAACCCUACAAAUGUGAAGAAUGUGGCAAAGCCUUUAACCACUCUUGUAGCCUUACUAGACAUAAGAAAAUUCAUACUGGAGAGAAACCCUACAAAUGUGAAGAAUGUGGCAAAGCCUUUAAGCACUCCUCCACUCUUACUACACAUAAGAGAAAUCAUACUGGAGAGAAACCCUACAAGUGUGGUAAAUGUGGCAAAGCCUUUAUGUCAUCCUCAACCCUUAGUAAACAUGAGAUAAUUCAUACAGAAAAGAAACCCUACAAAUGUGAAGAAUGUGGCAAAGCCUUUAAGUACUCCUCUACCCUUACUACACAUAAGAGAAUUCAUACUGAAGACAAACCCUACAAAUGUGAAGAAUGUGGCAAAGCCUUCAAGCGGUCUUCAGACCUUACUACACAUAAGAUAAUUCAUACUGGAGAGAAACCCUACAAAUGUGAAGAAUGUGGCAAAGCUUUUAAGUACUCCUCUAACCUUACUACACAUAAGAAAAUUCAUACUGGAGAGAGACCGUACAAAUGUGAAGAAUGUGGCAAAGCCUUCAACCAGUCCUCAAUCCUUACUACACAUAGGAGAAUUCAUACUGGAGAGAAAUUCUACAAAUGUGAAGAAUGUGGCAAAGCUUUUAAGCAGUUCUCUAACCUUACUACGCAUAAGAAAAUUCAUACUGGAAAAAAACCCUACAGAUAUGAAGAAUGUGGCAAAGCCUUUAAGCACUCCUCUAAACUUACUACACAUAAGAGAUUUCAUACUGGAGAGAAACCCUACAGAUGUGAAUAAUGUGGCAAAGCUUUUCACCUAUCCUCACACCUUACUACACAUAAGAUAAUUCAUACUGGAGAGAAACUGUGUGAAUGUGAUGAAUGGGGAAAAUCUUUUAACCAGCCCUCAAUUUCUAACUAUGAGAAUUGAUAUGGAAUAUAAACCCUACAAAUAUAAAGAAUGUGACAAAUUUUUUAAGGAACUUCUCAACCUUUAUUACACAUAAUUCAUACUGGAAAGAAACCCUACAAGUGUGAAGAAUGUGGCAAAGCAUAUAUCAAGUUCUUUUUUUUUUUUUUUUUGAGAUGGAGUUUCAACUCUUGUCACCCAGGCUGGUGUGCAAUAGCACAAUCUCGGCUCACUGCAACCUCCGCCUUCUGGGUUCAAUCCAUUCUCCUGCCUCAACCUCCCAAGUAAGGGGGAUUACAGGUGCCCACCCCCAUGCCCAGCUAACUUUUGUAUUUUUAGUAGAGACAAGGUUACACCAUGUUUGUCAGGCUGGUAUCCAACCCCUGACCUCACAUGAUCCACCCACCUCAGCCUCCUAAAGUGUUGCAAUUACAGGCAUGAGCCACCAUCCCUGGCCACAAGUUCUUAAUUCUUAAGAGACAUGGUGAUAAUUCAUUCUGAAGAGGAACUCUACAAACCUGAAAGAUGUGACAGUGCUUUUAUCAACACCUCCAUCCUUUCUAUACAUAAAAAGUUUAUACUAGUGUGAAACCCUAGAAAUAUAUAAAAUGUGAAACAGCCUUUAUAUGGUUGCCACAUUUGAUAGUAAGAUAAUUCAUACUGGCAAAAUUCCUACAAGCAUGAAGAAUGUGGCAAAACCUUUAAUCAAUGUGUACACCUUAUUUUGCAGGAAAGCUAUUAUCCUUGAGAAAAAUUGUACAAAUACAAAGAAUAUGGAAAACCCAUUAAUGCCUACUCACAUCUUACUCAACAUAAGAAGGUUCAUAGUUAAUGAAAGCAUUAAAAGUGCAAUUACGGUCAAAAAAAUCUUUCAGAAAAUAUAAGCCUUUAAAGUGAAGAAGAGUAUUUAUUCUGAAGACAACCAUUACAAAUAUACAGGAGGUUUAUUACACACAUUUUGUGCUAGAGGAAAAUCCUGAAGCAGUUGCUCAAGCUUUGCUCAACAUCAGAGAACUUAUAUUGGAGAAGAGUCCUGCAAAUGUAAUGAAUUUGGAAACACUUUAAAAAAAAAAAAAACUACAACUUAGAAAACAGCAGAGUUUAUACUAAAAUAUAUUUUUGCAGAUGCAGUAAACAUGAAAAAAUAUUUAAUUCAAAAUUAAUUGUACGUAAAUAUCAGAAUUUACAGAAUAACUAAGGCACUGACACUUCAGACAUUACAUUAAAUAAGUGUUGAGUAUAUAAAUGAAUUCACAACUGAAGUUGUUAAAUUUGUAUAUAAAUUUGUAUAAAUUAGUAUAUAACUUUAAAAGAUUUUUUGAAGCUUUGUAAUUACAUUGAAAGUAUAUUUGUUUCCUUGAAAACAAUUUUUUUGAAAAGUGAAUAAUGAUGUAAUACAGCUUUCAAAUUAUGCUGUUACUUUAUUAUAUUCACGUGAAAGUAUGUGAUCAAUUGUUGCUGCAUCAGAGAUAUUAGAGAUUCUUUAUUAGUUGGGCAUUCUUUAUGACCUUUUCUAUAAAAGAGUAAGGACAUUAAAAUGUAAGAUGCAUGACGAAAAUAUAAGUGGAGAGGCUCAUUGUAGUUAACCUGUAUUAAGUAAUGUUUAAGGUAGGUGUUCAGGAUAAUACUUUUCUACAUUAUACUGAGAGAAAGAAAUUAUAAAUUAAAGUAUAUCAAUUAUUGUAUUUUACUAAUUUUACUGUUAUGUAAUAAAAUGCAAUAUAUUUAAAAA